AUGCAGUUAAAGCGGGCUCCGGCAGCUGAGGAAGAGGAGGAUGCUCUAUGCUGCCCAUUCCACACCUGGUCCCAGCGUCUUCAGCACCAAGGAGAGCUCCCAAGGGAUCCAGACAUCGACGAUGGGGCCCCGCUGAGUGAGCUGUCCUGGCCCUCCUCCCUGGCUGUUGUGGCUGUGUCUUUCUCAGGCCUCUUCACGUUUGUCUUCCUGAUGCUGGCCUGUCUCUGCUGCAAGAAGGGAGACGUUGGGUUCAAGGAGUUUGAAAACGCAGAGGGCGAGGACUACCAGGCAGAUCUGUCCAGACUGACCUCACCUUCGUCCCACAAUGGCCCAGAGGUGUACAUACUGCCCCUCACUGAGGUGUCACUGCCUGUGUCCAAGCAGCCCGGACGAGCCAGUAAGAAAGACAUAGUACAAGUUAACAAGCUUACUUUGAAUAAGUUUGUUGUUUGUUAG